AUGGUUAAUCCGGGUGAGCAAGACAGUGCGCGUGACAAUAGAGUGUUACAACGAACUAAAACUAUAGCCUUGGUAGCUCGGGAAAGCACUGUUACUCGAAUUAACUCAAUCGCCGAGUUGGCGAAAAAGGUCGAUAAAUCUCUCGAUUUAAUUCCACAGUUUUUAGCAGCUGCUGAGGAUCUUGACUCGCUGUGGGAAACCUUUGUUAGUCAAAAUGCGGCUGUACUAGAAGCUCUACUGGAUCUAGAUGAAUCGCAUACGUAUUCUACUUCACUCGAGGCCGAAGUCCGUUCGACUUACAUGGGUGUGGUAAUUGUAGUGGAUAAAUAUAGAGCCCCUCGGGCUACGGAAUCCAGUGUUGUAAAUGAGGGUAGUCGUUCCGGAUCCGUGGACGGCAGUACAUCUAUUAUAGCUGGUCUACCAUCGGGGGUUCGUUUGCCAAAAAUUCCUCUACCAUCCUACAGCGGUGAUCUCUGUGGAUGGCCCGUGUUCCGCGAUCAGUUCAACAUACAAAUCAUACGAGAGGAAUUGCCAAAAAUAGUGAAGUUUUAUUAUCUACUCGGAUGUUUACAGGGCGAUGCGCGCCAGUCCAUUCAAAACAUUGUGGUAUCUGAAGCCACGUUUGAUCUCGCAUGGUCCACGUUGAUCGAUAAGUAUGAUAAACCUAGGCAACUCGCCACUCUUAUCGUUGACAAAGUUUUUUCUAUUCCUGCACAAUCCCAAGAGUCGUUAGAGGGAUUGAGAGAAUUCUUAGUGGUAUUUUCGGACCAGAUAGCCAUGCUCAAAUCAUUGAACAUUCCAGAUUUAGGCGAAUUCUUAUUAUUUGCGCUGUCGGCUCGUUGCCUUCCCAUAUCCACUAGAAAGGGUUUUGAAGCUAUUAAUAAUAACGAAUUUCCUUGUGUAUCCGACAUGGUCAAGUACGUUAAGGAUCGUGUGUCUCUUCUCGAAGCUGUCAGUUUCUCUGGUGGCCCAUCUCGUCAAGUUACUAGUUCAGAUAAGAGUAAAACCGUAUUAAGUCGUCAAAACGAUAAGAAGUCGAAGGUCACUCUAUUAACGUCCAAGCCUUCAGACAGUG